AUGACACUCACACGCUCUACCGACUCUCCCCGAAGAAAAGUAAAGCCAGGCCGCCGGGCACGUGGGAGCAGGCGUGCUCUGGUCACGCACCACACGCCGAGGCCAGGCCCCCGACACGACCACACGCGGGCGCCAGGCCCCCGACACGACCACACGCGGGCGCCAGGCCACGGACACGACCACACGCUGGCGCCAGGCCACCGACACGACCACACGCUGGCGCCAGGCCACCGACACGACCACACGCUGGCGCCAGGCCACCGACACGACCACACGCUGGCGCCAGGCCACCGACACGACCACACGCUGGCGCCAGGCCACCGACACGACCACACGCUGGCGCCAGGCCACCGACACGACCACACGCUGGCGCCAGGCCACCGACACGACCACACGCGGGGGUCAGGCCCCCGACACGACCACACGCUGGCGCCAGGCCACCGACACGACCACACGCGGGCGCCAGGCCACGGACACGACCACACGCGGGGGUCAGGCCCCCGACACGACCACACGCUGGCGCCAGACCCCGACCCGACCAAACGCUGGCGCCAGGCCACAGACACGACCACACGCUGGCGCCAGGCCACAGACACGACCACACGCUGGCGCCAGGCCUUCGACACGACCACACGCCGGGGCCAGGCCUUCGACACGACCACACGCCGGGGUCAGGCCACCGACACGACUACACGCCGGGGUCAGGCCACGGACACGACCACACGCUGGGGUCAAGCCACCGACACGACCACACGCCGGGGUCAAGCCACCGACACGACCACACGCUGGGGUCAAGCCACCGACACGACCACACGCCGGGGUCAGGCCACCGACACGACCACACGCCGGGGUCAGGCCACCGACACGACCACACGCUGGGGUCAAGCCACCGACACGACCACACGCCGGGGUCAGGCCACCGACAUGACCACACGCUGGGGUCAAGCCACCGACACGACCACACGCCGGGGUCAGGCCUUCGACACGACCACACGCCGGGGUCAAGCCUUCGACACGACCACACGCCGGGGUCAGGCCUUCGACACGACCACACGCUGGGGUCAAGCCACCGACACGACCACACGCCGGGGUCAGGCCUUCGACACGACCACACGCCGGGGUCAAGCCUUCGACACGACCACACGCCGGGGUCAGGCCUUCGACACGACCACACGCUGGGGUCAAGCCACCGACACGACCACACGCUGGGGUCAAGCCUUCGACACGACCACACGCCGGGGUCAGGCCUUCGACAUGACCACACGCUGGGGUCAAGCCACCGACACGACCACACGCCGGGGCCAGGCCUUCGACACGACCACACGCUGGCGCCAGGCCUUCGACACGACCACACGCCGGGGUCAGGCCACGGACACGACCGCACGCCGGGGCCAGGCCUUCGACACGACCACACGCGAGGGCCAGGCCUUCGACACGACCACACGCCGGGGCCAGGCCACCGACACGACCACACGCGGGGGCCAGGCCUUCGACACGACCACACGCCGGGGCCAGGCCACCGACACGACCGCACGCGGGGGCCAGGCCUUCGACACGACCACACGCGGGGGCCAGGCCUUCGACACGACCACACGCGGGGGCCAGGCCUUCGACACUACCACACGCCGGGGCCAGGCCCCCGACAUGACCACAGCGUUACACGUUCAGAAAAGUGGAAGGAAAACACGUCCAUUAAUAGAGGAUCCUAGGAUAAAGGUUAUUGAUCCCAUUGCUCUAACUUUCGAACAUGAGAUAGGACGUGGCCAGUAA